CACUUCAAGUCCGGACACUUUCACCCCCUUCCUGUCCAGGCCAAUUUUCAGCUUUCUGUGCUAUCACACUUUGAAUGACAAUUGCGUGGUCAUAUAACACUGUACCCAUAUGAAUUUUUUAGCAUUUUUUUGAGACAGAUAAAACUUUAUUUUGGUGGUGUUUAUUCACCACUGGGAUUUUUAUUUUUUUUUUGCUAUAUAAAUGAAAGUCCAAACAUUUUGGAAAAAAAAGUGUUUUUCUUAUAAAAUUUUGCAAAUAUAUAAUCUUCUUGGCCAAAAUGUAUUCAUCAUUCAUUUCAUACAUAGAUACAUAUAUAGAUUUUAUUUUUUUAACAUACCGUCACCCUAG